AUGGGUGCUCAUAUGAGUUCCAAUGCUGCAGCGGUAUUGGUUAUUUACUUAUUUCUUAUUGUUGGGGUACAUGGGGAGGAACCCCAAGUUCCUGCUCUUUUUAUUUUUGGAGAUUCAAUUACAAACAAUGGCAAUAACAAUUACAUAACUACUCUUGCCAAAGGCAACUUUUUUCCAUACUGUAUAGAUUUCGAAGAAGGCCGCGCUACAGGAAGGUUUUGUAAUGGCAUGACCACUGUUGAUGUUUUAGCUAAGUUGCUAGGGCUACCUUUGAUUCCUCCCUAUGCCGAUGCAUCUACAAAAGGUGUGGCAGUGAUGAAUGGAGUAAAUUAUGCUUCAAGGGCAACAGGCAUCUUGGAUGAAACUAGAAGAAAUCUUAAGCUAUACAACUUGGAAGCACACAAGUUUGCAGUGGAAGCAGUAGGUCCAUUGGGAUGCCUUCCAAGCCAAUUAGCAAAUAAUAUUAAUGGCAAUUCUACUUGUGUUGAUAGAGUAAAUCAAGAAGUUUCACUCUUCAACUCAAAACUUAAGCCUCUUUUGAGGAUCAUGGAAAUCAAUCUUCCAAGGGCACAUUUUGUUUAUGGGGAUGCUUACAGUUCAGUUACAGACAUAAUCAAUAAUCCCACUUCUUAUGGAAUAGUCAUACCUAACUCUACUUAUACAUCAAAUGGGUCAACAAUCAAUGAAAAGCAAGAUGUUUUAGCGGUGACUGUGACAUAUCAUGGCUGUUUUACUUAA